AUGCUCGCGCGGGCAGCAGGGCGGAAGCUCCGCAGAGACGCCUUUAGGACCACGACACAACCGCACAGCCAGCAAUUGUCGCUGCCAUGGCUGUGUCCACGCCAAAUACGAUGGACCUCGGUGACGACAAACACAUACGACGCCCGGCGGCAACGGCUGCCGGGCUCGACACCACCACGGCACCAGACACGCUCGCUCGCCACAGAGGCCGAAGUGCAGGCUGCCCCGUCCGACCUGCCCUUUGACGGCUUCAUGGGGGCGUGGGCCCCGCGCGCACAGCCGGCGGACCUCGCCAGCCUGCAGCACUGGGACACGUCGCGGCCGCUGAUUGUGAACGAGAUGAGCACGGCGGUGCCCAACGGGUUCCGCAGCCACCAGGGCUUCGGGGCCGACCCCACGGAGCUGCACCAGAACCUGUACGCCUGCCUGCGCGUCGGCCGCAUCGACCGCGCCGCCAUCAUCGUCGACCGGCUGGCGGCGCUGUACGAGCCGUCGGCGCCCGAGGUGGUGGACGCGCACAACAACUUCCUGCAGGCCAUGUUCGAGCUGGCCCAGCAGGACCCCCAGCCCGACUCGCUGGCCCGCAUCGAGGAGUGGUACGACGCCCACAUGGUGCGCAACGCCAUGCAGCCCAACGCCCACACGUUUGUCACGCUGCUGCGCGCCGCCAUGUCCUUCCUCGACGGCGACGCCCAGGAGGACGCCGUGCGCCGCUUCCUCGCCAUGGCCGACCAGUGCGCGCCCGAGCUCGUCGACGACAUCAACGCCUCGCCCGACUUCACCGACGAGGAGUGGGACACGCUGAUCCGCCUGCAGCCCGACGCCUACGACGAGCCGCCGUCGGUGCACGACGUCCAGGAGCUGCACACCACCACGCCCGCCGCCCACCGCAACCUCGUCGAGCACGGCCUCUUCACCCCGCAGCACAUCCGGCCCGUGGCGCAAAAGGGCCUGGGCCUCGACUCGCUGAAGCAGGCCCUCGCCAUCUUCGAGCCCGGCCACGAGCUGCCCUACCCGCACGACAUGGCGGGCUCGCCCGAGGACAAGGACCAGGCCUACGCCUACGCCCGCCAGCUGCGCAUGGAGGAGGACUCGAUCGGCGCCGCCGUCGAGCGCUGGAAGCAGGAGGACAUGAAGCUGCAGGACAUGGGCAUCCACGGCGUGCUCAACAGCAAGCCCAUCCAGGCCCUCAUGUACAACUGGUACACGGCCCUGCUGCCCCUCUUCAAGAAGGAGAUCGACCACGCCAAGGCCGUCGAGAACCCGCGCGACGACGCCUUCGCCUACUCGGCCUGGCUGCAGCAGUGCAAGCCCGAGAAGCUGGCCGCCAUCACCAUCUCGCGCGUUCUGCAGGCCUGCGUGCGCGGCAAGGGCCACGACGAGGCCAACCUCAAAAUCUCCGCCAUGACCACGGCCAUUGGGACGGAAAUCCGCGACUAUCUCAACAGCGACACCCAGGCGCGCAAGGAGGCCUUCCUGAAGAAGCAGCGCAGGGAGACGCGCCAGCGCCUGGUCGACCACCUCUCCAAGACAAAGACCGACACCGAAGCGCCCGCACCUGCCCCCAACACCCACACGGCGCUGUUCGAAAAGACCGACAUUCCACAGUCCGUGCGCAUCAAAGUGGGCGCCCUCGCGCUGGAGCUCUUGCUGCAGUCGGCCACCAUCACCGUCACAGCCGACGACCCCAAGACAGGCGACAAGAUAACCAGCACCCACGCCGCCUUCCACCACCAAAUCGGCUAUUUUCAGGGCAAGAAGAUUGGAUGGGUCGCCCCACACUACGAGGUCAUCAACAAGCUCCGCACUGAGCCUGUCCAUGGUGUGCAGACAGUCAAGCUCCCCAUGCUAGUCGAGCCCAAGGCCUGGUCGGCCUACGACGUUGGCGCUUACUACACAACCCCAGAGAAGGUUGUGCGCCAAAAGGCCGGCGACACUGCACAGAAAGCGUAUGCCCGGACGGCAAUUGAGAACGGCGAUAUGGUCAAAGUUCUUGCAGCACUGGAUCUGCUGGGCAGAGUGCCUUGGCAAAUCAACUCGUCGGUACUCAACGUCAUGGCCGAAGUCUGGAACUCGGGCCAGGGCCUCGCAGGCAUCAUACCUGAGAAGUCCGACUUGGAGCGUCCUGUUGAGCCCCCGGCCGACGCAACGUACCAAGAGCGAGCCACGUGGGGAAAGAAGCUGCAGGAUUAUGAGAAUCUGAAGUCUGGUUUCCACUCGCAACGGUGCUUUCAGAACUUCCAGUUGGAGACUGCAAAGGCGUUUGUCAACGAGAAGAAAAUGUUCUUUCCACAUAGCGUUGACUUUCGUGGGCGUGCAUACCCAAUACCUCCUAUCCUCAACCACAUUGGGUCGGAUGUGGCGAGAGGUCUUUUGAAGUUCGCAAACGGGAAAGAGCUCGGGACGGUUGGCUUGCAGUGGCUCAAGGUUCAUCUCGCUAACCUCUACGGCUUCGAUAAGGCUAGUCUGCGGGAACGCGAACAGUUUGCUAUGGAUCAUAUGGAGGAUAUUGUCGAUUCUGCAACCAACCCACUGGACGGCAAACGCUGGUGGGUCAAGGCGGAGGAUCCUUGGCAAUGUCUUGCGUGCUGUAUCGAGCUGAAGAAAGCUAUGGACUGUCCCGACCCGACUAAAUUUCUCUCCCAGCUACCAGUGCAUCAGGAUGGAACUUGCAACGGUCUGCAACAUUACGCGGCUUUGGGAGGUGACGAGGCAGGUGCUCGUCAGGUCAACCUCGAACCGUCAGACCGACCGCAGGAUAUCUACACUGGUGUUGCUGAUUUGGUCAAGGAAAUGGUCGUCAAGGAUGCUGCAGGUGGUCAUGAGUGUGCCAAGUUUAUCGACGGCCACAUCACCCGAAAGGUCGUCAAGCGAACCGUCAUGACAAACGUCUACGGUGUGACGUUCAUGGGAGCCACAGCCCAAGUGCACGACGAACUGAAAAACGCCUUCCCCGAUUUCAAGGAAACCAAAACCGUCAAGUCCCUGCACGCUGUUGCUCUGUAUGUCGCAUACAAGAUCUUUGAUGCUCUAGGCAAGAUUUUCAACGGCGCUCAGGAAAUUCAGUACUGGCUUGGCGAGUGCGGUGAUCGCAUUACAACGUCUCUCACUGCCGAACAGGUCCGAAGAAUUCAGUGGCGUUAUGAAGGCAAGGACUCGAUGUUUGACCCUAGAUUCAAGGCGCCAAAGGGUGCAGUAAGUGGAUCGCUUAUCAACAAGCUGAACAAGGGCAUGGAGGCUUUCAAGACGAGUAUCAUCUGGACGACUCCGCUCAAGAUGCCCAUCGUCCAACCCUACAGAAAAAGCGGCGUCCAGAAGAUUAAGACUAAGAUCCAGGAUAUUACCGUUAUGAAGAAGUCGAUCUCAGACGUUGUCGACAGACGCAAGCAACUCCAGGCUUUCCCACCCAACUUCAUCCACUCUCUCGACGCGACUCACAUGACCCUUUCGGCACUCAAGUGCAGCGAGAUGGGCCUCGACUUUGCCGCCGUGCACGACAGCUUCUGGACGCACGCUUCUGAUAUCCCGAAGUUGAACGUCAUCCUCCGCGACGCUUUCGUGCGCAUGCACUCUGAGGACAUCAUGGGCCGUCUAACUGCAGAGUUCUCGGCGCGCUACGCAGGAGCCAUGCACCGCGCAAACCUGUUCUGCAGCUCGCAUGUCGGUCACGAGAUCUCGAAAUGGCGAUACCAUCACCGCAAAACUACUGGCAGUGCCGCCGUCGGUCGCCAUGGAACGGCGUCGUUCGAGGAGGUAGCGCUGGAGUCGCAGAGGCAGGAGUGGCUUGCCAGCGAGGACCCGGAGCUGAGGAAGAAGGGCGAGGAAAUGGUGACGCCGACGAGCAUCUGGCUCGCUAACCCGGAUCCACGCGCGAUUGCGAGUUUCCGCCUCCACCUGCUCGGUGAGACGAAGACAGCGACGAAGGAUUCAAAGACGUUUUCCGAAGUCAAGGAUAAGAUUCUCGGCGCUGAAGCUGAGGCCGUCGAGGCCGAAACUGAAGCUGAAGCUGAAGCCGAAACAGAAGCCGACGUCGACGUCCCAGACCGCGACAUCUUCGAACAACUCGCACAAGACGAAGCCGACGACUCCUCAACCCCAUCAAAACUCAAAUCCCCCGCCGCCGCAAUGGGCGACAAAGCCUCGGUCCAAGUCUGGAUCCCGCUCACUUUCCCCCCGGUCCCCAAAAAGGGCGGCUGGGACGUCUCCCGCCUCCGCGAGUCGGAGUACUUCUUCUCCUGA